ACAAACYAUUUUCAAUUCUCAGCAUAAUAUUCCUUUAUUUCCACCUAAUUCGAAAAGUUUUCUUGUAGUUUUAUGAAGAAUCACAUCUUCAUUACAAGAUUUCAUAGUGUAGAAUUGUUUUCCAAUUUGAUCAUGUUUCGAACUACAGAAUACCCCUUCAUUGGGAAUAAGCUAUGGACAAAUUUUGUUAAGUUUAACUUAAGAGAACGAAAUUAGAUUGCCAUUCAUCAGAACGUUCAAAGAGCAAGAAUGGCCGCAUUAGAUAGUGCUGCAGAGAUYAGUGCUUUGAUAGAUCAGUGGAAGAAAGACGAAGAUCAGGGAUUAUCGCCUACUGACUCCUUGAACAGGAUGUCUGUACUUGUAGAAAGAGAAUGUGAGGACUACCACAAAAUUAACCCCGAUCCAUUUGACGAUAGACAUCCAGGGAGAGCUGACCCAGACUGUGCACUUGGACACAUCUUAAARGCUCUGUUUAAAAAUGAUGACUUUAUGAACAAGCUGGUGAACUCUUACAUAAUGAGUGGUAGAGAAGAUUUUGAAUUGAACUGCACUGCUGCUAGACUUCUUCUCAAYGUUAUGCCUGGAUUAGAAAGCUCAAUGGUAUUUCAAGACACUGAAGGACUACUUGUCAAGCUGUUUUCAUGGGCAAUGGAUGGUAAAGAGCCUCUACGAUCCUAUGCAACAGGUUUGUUAGGUUUUGCGAUGGAAAGUCAAGAGGUUGCAGGCUCCUAUCGUGAUGACAAUGCAGUUGUUGUACCAAGAAUGCUCCGUCGUUUGCAUAUUCUCAAAGAAUACACUGACUUAACUCAGCCAGCAUUGGAUGAAUUCCCUGAUAAAAUCCCACAGAAGACAAAGUCAAAUAAAGCAAGACCAGAAUGUCCAGGAAGUAUAGCUGCAGGUAGCUCAACAGCCAAAGGAAAAAGAAAUAUAGAAACUUCAUCUUGUCGAAUUGUUAGUAAUGGAACAUCUGUAGUGUGUAAUGGUGAAAACAUUGAAUCUAUAUCUGGUAUUUCAGCAAAUAUUAGCUCUUUUAAUAAAGCAAAAACUCCAGCCACAAGUAAAAAUUGUGUUUUACAAAAAACUGGAAAGUCCUCAAAGGUGCAGGCUUGGUCUUCCAAAAAAGGUUAUACAUUGAUUSCAAUGUCUUUUUCAUUGUACCCUCUAACACUCUCAAUGCAGCAAAGACUUAUUCUACAGUAUCUCAUCCCACUUGGUGAAUAUCAGGAGCUUCUUCCUACCGUCUUUGAAAUGAAGUCUCUUGAUCUAGUCCUUCACUACAUCAGUUUCAAAGGCRGUGUUGACAUGUAUCUGGCUUUUGAGGCUUUGAAGUACUUGGCUUCCCUUCUCUGCCACAAAAAGUUUGGCACWGARUUUGUGACACAUGGUGGUGUUCAAAGGAUGYUAGAAGUACCACGGCCAUCAGUCGCAGCUACUGGUGUCUCAAUGUGUUUGUAUUACCUGGCAUACAAUGAGGAUGCCAUGGAAAGGGUUUGCCUUUUACCCUACCCAGUCCUGAGUGAYAUGGUCAAGUAUGCAUUAUGGUURCUGGAAUGCUCCCAUGAUUCAGGACAUUGCCAUGCUACRUUAUUUUUUGCACAGACGUUUUCUUUCCGUGCUGUUCUUGAACUGUUUGAUGCAGAUGAUGGUUUGAGAAAACUAAUCAACCUGCUCAGCACUCUUCCAAUUCUGCGUGCUGAGGAAGCAGAACUAUUAAAUGAUGAUGAAGUAUUUGGAAGUCGGCAAACAGUCAAGCAUACAUUAAUGGCAUUACGCAAGUACUUCAGUGCUCAUUUGUUCAUCAGAGCUGAUGCAGUGAGAAGGUCCCUGGCACGUAAUAUGGGUAGUACUCCCCCUGUACCUGUACCGGCAUAUAAGGCUCUGUCAUUAAGUAUGGAUGGUUUUUCAGACAAUGUAGAUCUUUUGCUUGAGCAUACAUCAAUGGCUGUGAACUGGGCACCACUAGAGAUGAUGCACAAUUUACAAGGGUUUACUUUGAUUCUUCAAGUGAUUGCAUUGUCAGCUGACUGGAGAGCAUACAGCUGCAGGAGUGAUGUAACWCGAUUGGCCUUGGAGAUGCUGUUUAUUUUAACUGUAAACCCUAAAGCUAAACUUGCAUURAAUGAACAGAUAGCAACCCCCUCAGGCGAUAUGAUGAGUGGAAUGAGACUACUUCUUYGUGCAGCUGAGGGUGAACUUGUUUCUGACAUUGACAUACAGUUCGCUGCAUUGUAUGUGAUUUGUAACUGUGUGUACAAACCAAAGCCAACAGGAAGUACAACACUUGCUCGUAGUAAUGUGCGAACAAAAACACCACACAGGAGUGAAAAACACGACGAGAUCACAACUAAAAUGUGGUCUUCAGUGCGUAGCAGCAAUGGCAUCAAGGUGUUACUGAGCCUGCUCUUAGUGAAGACACCUCUGGUCAGUGCUGAUAAGAUCAGAGCUUUGGCAUGUAAAGCAUUGUGUGGUUUGUCAAAGAGUGAUAAGAUUAAACAAGUUAUUGGUAAACUUCAAUUAUUUAACAGUGGUCAGCUACAAAUCCUUAUGCGUGAACCUAUUUUAGAAGACAACAUGGCUGAUCACAUGUCAUUCUGUAAAUAUGCUGCUAGUCUACUAGAAAGAGUUACCGGGAAACCUUUAGGGAACACUACUGUGGCUGUACCAUCAUUGUCAAGGAUAACCAAGGCUGAUGUAGUUGCACAAACUCGUAUUACAUACCCUGAGAAAGAACUUCUACAACUGAUUUACAAUCACCUUGUAUCUAAAGGUCUUGAUGAAACUGCUAAACAUUUAUUAACUGAAGCUAAACUCCCUUCACCAAAACCAGCAUUAGCCUCACCAAUUGGCAGCCAGAAGCGUCCUAUAAGUAGUUCCGUUUCCAUAAAUACACCAUCAACACCAACGAUGUCCAAGUACCGUUAUGCAGAACCAGUAACACCAUCAUUAAAGCGUUUAUUACCAGACACUUUAUCGAGCUCUUCAGCCUCUCAGCCUCCACCCACUUUAGAUGCGAUAGUCACACGGUUUUUACGUGGACAACACGCGCAGUGUACCAAUCCUGUGUCAGUGUGUCCUCCAUUCUCACUUUUAAGGUACACAAUGCAAUAAGAGAUAACAUGUAAAUAAUGGUUUAAAGGUCCAGUGUGCAGCAUUAUGCUUUGAGGCGGCCAUUUUCAGUU